AUGGUCGCUAACAAUUUUAAGUCAAUCAGUUCAACUCAAACUAUCUUCACAAUAGAAAAUAAAAAUACAUUACCGAAAGAUGGUGUGAAUUUCGAAACAGCUAUAGAAUUAUGUGAAUAUGGAAAAUUUCAUUAUAGUGUCAUCAUUGUUUGCGGACUGAUAUUUGUAUUUGGAGGAUGUCAGAGUGGUAUAAAUUCAUAUAUAAUUCCAGCAGCAGAAUGUGAUCUCAAUUUAAAUUCUCAUCAAAAAGGUCUUAUCAACACAGCAUUUUUAAUUGGCGGUAUGUCAAGUUCAUUUCUUUGGGGCAUAUCGGCUAAUGCUUAUGGCCGGAAGAGGAUUCUUGUUGGUACUUUAUUAACUGAUAGCCUUCUCACGUUUUUAUCAAGCCUUUCUCAGAGCUUUGAGGUUCUCGUUGUCUUCCGAGCAUUCGCUGGUUUUUUAAUUGGAGCUCCAGGUUCAUUAAUUUACAAUUAUCUUGGUGAAUUUCAUACAUCUAAAUUACGUGUUAAGUGCAUGUGUAUCAUCGGUUUUUGCUGGACAUCUGCAUCAUUAUUAUUACCAGGUCUGGCGUGGUUCAUUAUUCCUCUUAAAUUUUCAUUUGAAUUUGCGGGAUUUAUCUUCAAUUCUUGGAGACUUUAUCUCGGAUUAAUUGGAGUCCCAACUUUAGUCCUGGGAUUUAUUCUUACUAUGUACCCGGAAAGUCCUAAGUAUUUAUUAUCUCGUGGUAGAAAACAAGAAGCCCUUGAAAUUCUUCGAGAAAUCUAUGCUGUUAAUACUGGGCGAAACAAGUCUGACUAUCCUGUAAAGGAAUUAAAGAUUUCUACUGAUGAGAUUGAUGAGAGGAAUAAAUUGUCGAUUGAAGUGACGAUCGAUGAUGCAUCUAAUUUACUUGUAAUCAAAAGACUAUUAAAAGAGGCAUGUCGAGAAAUAAAAACUUUGACAUCUACUCCUCAUGUCAAGUGGGCACUGCUCUGUUGGACUAUUUAUUUUACAAAUUUAUUCGGCUGGUAUGGCUUUGGUAUAUGGAUGCCAGAAUUACUGAACCGAUUUGAAAAUUUCUACAAACUUCAUCCAAAUAUUACAACAGCAAGUGUAAGUGAGUUAGUAUCACUGAAUCAAACAUCAACGAUACGUAAAUAUGAUUGUGAAAAUCACAGUAUGAAUGAAAAAGUAUUUGUUAACACAUUAAUAAUAAAUGCUGCGUGUUCAAUAGGAAACAUAAUGUGUAUUUACUUAUCUAAUCAUGUAGGACGACGUACAAUUCCUGUAACGACGUUGAUUGUCUCUGGAGUUGCUGGAGUAGCUUUGUAUUUUAUAAGAUCGUCCACACAAAUUAUAAUUGUGUCUGGCAUAUUUUCAGUAGCAAUGACAGCAGCUAAUAUUGUUUUAAAUAGUACUGUUGUUGAUAUAUUUCCUACACAUAUAAGUGCCCUCGCUCUAUGUAUAAAUUCAUUCUUUGGACGUAUUGGUGCUAUUGUUAGUAAUAUUGCAUUUGGAGCACUUGUUGAUGUCAAUUGCGAAGUACUGAUUUUUCUUGUAGCCUCUAUUAUUAUUGUGGGUGCCAUGCUAGCAUUUUUUCUUCCUCCAAAAGACCCUCCUCGGGUUUUAGAGACUUAA